ACGCAUGAAAAAUACCGCUCCGUCGCAAUAAACUGUAUUCAGAAUUUCGUAGGGCAACACUGGCCACCUCGCGUGCUGUUUUGUUUAUAAUUUUUAGCCAUGCAGUUCCACUUCAAAAUAGCAGACGCAGAACGGGACAGGGACAAUGUGGCGGCGACCAGUAAUGCUAGUCUCAACCCGCACGCCGCCCUGCAGCCCCAGCAGCCGGUGGCGCUGGUGGAGCCCAAGGACGCCCAGCACGAGAUCAGACUGCAGAAUAUCGUGGCCACGUUCUCGGUGAACUGCGAACUGGACCUCAAGGCGAUCAAUUCGCGCACCAGGAACUCCGAGUACUCGCCCAAGCGCUUUCGGGGUGUGAUCAUGCGAAUGCACGCGCCCCGCUGCACGGCUCUAAUCUUCCGGACAGGCAAGAUCAUCUGCACUGGGGCCCGCAACGAGAUCGAGGCGGAUAUCGGCUCCCGAAAGUUCGCCCGCAUCCUGCAGAAGCUGGGUUUCCCUGUGAAAUUCAUGGACUACAAGCUGCAGAACAUUGUGGCCACGGUCGAUCUCCGUUUCCCCAUCCGCCUGGAGAACCUCAAUCAGUUGCACGGCCAGUUUAGCUCUUACGAGCCGGAGAUGUUCCCCGGCCUGAUCUAUCGCAUGGUCAAACCUCGGGUCGUGCUCCUGAUCUUCGUCAACGGCAAGGUCGUCUUCACGGGAGCCAAGUCGCGCAAGGACAUAAUGGACUGCCUGGAGGCCAUCUCGCCCAUUCUGCUCAGUUUUCGCAAGACGUAGGAGGAUUUGGUUUUUACUUUUAGUUUAGUUAGAUUAGUUUAGGCCUUUGGCGAACAAUUCGAUUAUUUAUAUGCGCAUAAAUACAAUGUAUUUUUGUUAUAUAGAGUUAUUAAUUAAUUAAUUAUUAAAUUCCUUAAUCAAAUUAUUAACACAAGAACAGAGUAUAAUAGAAACAUAAAAUUUAAAAUAUUUCACACAUAUUUGUAUUCAGAUACAUAAAAUGUGGCAAAUUUUACACCAGAAAUGUAUCUGGAUUUAAAAAUAAUAUAUUCUAAUACUUUACAUAUGUAUGUAUAAAAGACGAAAUAACAUCCACUGCAUUUAUAAACUAUUUUCUUUCUUUGAAACCUGUCGAUGGCCACAGUAGCUAGUUACUCCCUAUCCUUAAAUUAAGUAUUAUAUUAUAAAUACGUUUAUGUAUAAUAGUUAAUAAUGAAUAAAUAAAUAAAUUUCUUUGAAA